GAAAAAAGGUCUCCUAGCGACACCUCCUCCUUUACGGCAAAUGGAAUAUGGCGGAGAGGGAGAAAUCUCUAAACGGACUAGAGCUCAGCAAGGAAUGGCAGGAGGCUGCAGACAGCAGAGCGGAGCUGCUCCGCUACCUGAAGGAACAGGUGCCGCAGAUCUUCUGCCUGAAGGACCAGUCCAGCCCUCAUGAAGAAGAGUUAAUGCAGAGCCGUCUCCUCCACCCUCUGGAGUGCUUCCUGUUUGGAGAAGAUCCACAGGAGGGUCUGGAGAAGCUCAAACAUGGCAGCCCCGCUUCUCAGUUGUGUGGGCGUGUAUUCAAAGAGGGAGAGACUGUCUACUCCUGCAGGGAUUGUGCAAUAGACCCCACGUGUGUGCUGUGCAUGGACUGCUUCCAGGAUAGCGUUCACAAGAGCCAUCGUUACAAGAUGCAUGCGUCAUCAGGAGGGGGGUUCUGUGAUUGUGGAGAUGUGGAAGCCUGGAAGAUCGGCCCUUGUUGCUCCAAACAUGACCCUGGGGCAGCCACUGCCAUGGUAACGGAUGAUUGCGUGCUGGAGCCUGAGUUAUAUGACCGCGCUGACAGGCUCUUCCGGGUGCUGCUACAGUACGUCACAGAGUUUCUGGUGUGGGAGGAGAACUUUGAGCUCCCGGCUGAACUGGAGCCUCGGGCAAAAGAGGACGCGUACUACUGCGUGCUGUACAACGAUGAGCACCACUCGUACGACCACGUGAUCUACACCCUGCAGCGGUCAGUGCUCUGCGAUCCGGCUGAGGCACAGACACAUACGGCGCUUAUUGAUAAGGAGGGUCGGAGGGCAGUCAAGAGAGGAAACCAUGACGACUGCAAGCGAGUAAAAGACGACAUCAGGAGAAAUUCGGAGCACAUUUCCUUGCAGCCGCUGCGCGUGGAGAUCCUCCACGCUGCAGUGAUGGCUCAUCAAACGUUCGUGCUGCACCUCGGCUCUUGGUUCCAGAAGGUCAUCGGUUACUCAGUGGGCUUCAGACAGGCGUUCUGCCAAGUGGCUCUAGAGCCAAACACUGACAUAGAUCGUCCGUGUCUCAUCAGCAGACUCAUGCUGCACGAUGCCAAAAUGUACAAAGGAGCUCGCAAGAUUGUACAUGAGCUAAUUUUCUGUUCCAUUCUAAUGGAGACGGAAUUCAAGAGGUUUUUUGCGAUUGAGUUUACUAAGCAUUACAUGCAGCUGCAGAAGGACUUUAUCAAUGAUGACCAUGAGAGGAGUAUAUCCAUCACUGCUCUAUCUGUUCAGAUCUUCACUGUUCCAACAUUAGCCAGACAACUGAUCGAAGAGGACAAUGUCAUCAAAGUGAUAGUUGGUACAGUCAUGGAACUGCUGCGUGAACAUCUGAAUGACAGUAAUCGUUUUUUCUUCCUGGGCUACAACUCUGACAAGUUCUCACGCAUCCAGGUCAUCUUCCACGACCUCAGGUAUAUUCUGAUCAGUAAACCCUCAGUCUGGACUGAAGAGCUGCGUAGACAAUUCCUAGAAGGAUUCAAAGAUUUCCUCGGACUUCUCAAAUGCAUGCAGGGUAUGGAGGAAGUGAAGCGGCAGCUUGGUCAACACAUUGCAGUGGAGCCAGAAUGGGAGGCCGGCUUUACUCUGCAGAUCCAGCUCCGGCACAUUCUUGCAAUGUUUCAAGACUGGUGUUCGUCUGAUGAUGAGAUCUUACUGCUUGCAUUUAAGGAGUGCCACAAAUGCCUGAUGCAGUGCAGCAACCAGCCCUUCCGUAGGAGCCCCACUGACUACUACAUGUGCAAGCACAUCCUCCACGUUCGUCCAUAUAAAGUCUCUCAGGAGCCUGUCAGCAUACAUUUGCCAGUUUCCAGGCUGUUGGCCGGACUGUACGUGCUUCUGUGUGGAACAGGGGCAAUCGAACGCCUGGAGAACCCCGAGAGUUAUGACUUCACCCAGCUGGCAGAGCAUCCGCUGCGCUGUGUGGUACUUGCUGCACAGGUCUCAGCCGAAAUGUGGCGGAGAAAUGGCCUUUCAUUGGUCAGCCAGGUCUACUACUAUCAGGAUGUGAAAUGCAGGGAUGAGAUGUACGACAAGGAUGUCGUCAUGCUUCAGAUAGCUGCUUCCAAAAUGGACGCCAACCACUUCCUCAUGUUGAUCUUAUUGCGGUUUGAGCUCUUUGAAUAUUUUAAUGGAAGUUGUACAAGUAAAGACCAGGAUGAGUUGAUGCAGUGGAACCGUUUGACAGAAGAGAUGCUGUACCUGCUCAUCGUCAUCACUGGUGAGCGCUACGUCCCUGGGAUCAGUCAUGUGACCAAAGAGGACGUGACAACGAGGGAGGUCGUCCACCUGCUGUGCAUUGAGCCUAUGGCUCAUAGUAGCCUGGUCAAAAGCCUGCCAGAAAACGAAAGUCGUGAAACUGGCCUGGAGGCAGUAAUCAGCAAAGUUGCCACCUUCAAGAAACCAGGAGUCUCUGGACAUGGAUUAUAUGAAGUAAAAAAAGCGUGUCUACAAGAAUUCAACCCUUUCUUCUACCAUUACUCAAGAUCCCAGCAUAGCAAGGCAGAAGAGUCUCAGAAGAAGAGGAGAGUUCAGGAGGGCAAUGAUAAAGCUCUGCCUCCACCAGUGCCCCCUGCCUUUUGUCCACCUUUCUCCAACAUCGUGCGUCUCCUCUCUUGCGACAUCUUCAUCCACAUCCUGAGACAUGUCCUGCAGAGAGCUGCAGAAGACCGACCAACUCACUGGACAGAAGCCAUGAUCCAGAGGGCCCUGCAUCUGAUUGGUCAAGCUUUGCUGGAAGAGAAAUCCCAGCUUGAGGACAGCAGCGUGGACGAAGUGACGUUUGAUUUCAGCCUGAAGGCCCGCAUGAUCGGUUCAGAACAGGGCAAGUCACUGUUCCUCUUGUUAUCCAAGGUUAAGGCUUUGCCUUCCCUUGAAGCUCAAAAAGACAUGAUCAAAUGGAUUCUGCAGAUGUUUGAGAUCAUUAAGUGCCUUAGAGAGAACUCCAGUCCAGCUGUGUCCAUGAACAUGGAAACAACUAAGCCAGAAGAGAGUGCUCAGGACAAAGAGAAAGCUGAGCGCAAAAGGAAGGCGGAGGCUGCUAAACUCCACCGGCAGAAGAUUAUGGCCCAGAUGUCGGCAAUGCAGAAGAAUUUUAUUGAGUCAAACAAGAUGCUUUAUGAGAACAUGCCUGAGAGCGGGACACAAGGAGAACCUGUUAUGUCUACAGAGAGCUGCGCCAUGGAGCAGAGGGAGCUGUGUGUAGCUGUCGGGCCUCAUCGCGGGUCCACCCCAGCCGAGAGGGAGGUGCUGACUUGCAUUCUUUGCCAAGAGGAGCAGGAAGUUGUGGCUCACGCUCAAGCCAUGGUUCUGACUGCCUGUGUCCAAAGGUCCACGGUGCUGACGCAGUGCAGAGGAAAAAUACCAACCAACAAAGCAGAUGAGCCAGGGACAUCGUAUCCCCUCUUCAUGCCUCCUGAGCUGGCCGUCGGGACCCACACCGGCAGCUGUGGACAUGUCAUGCAUGCCACAUGUUGGCAAAAAUAUUUUGAGGCAAUCCAAGACACAACCAGGAACCGGCUCCAUGCUGAGUUGAUCAUCGACUUGGAGAAUGGAGAAUACCUGUGUCCCUUGUGCAAGUCCUUGUGCAAUACUGUGGUUCCUCUCAUACCGUUAGAGCCACUAUCAUUUAACUACGAAAACGCGGAGAUAAUUGGACAGCAUUUGACACUGCCUCGCUGGAUCCAGAUCAUCUCUGCCAGGAUUAAAGGACUCAAGUCAGUCACUCAGGAUAACGAUUGCAACACAGAAGGUAGUAGUAGUGGCACUGGUAGCACUGGACUGUGUGGAGAAGGCCAGCCAGACUUUAGGUCUAUUCUCAGCUAUGGAGUUCAAGAACCGAGAAGGUUCUCGAAGAGCAUCACAGAGAUGCUGGUCGUCUGCGCCACCACAGUCCACAGAGUGGGGCUGAAGACGGCACCUAACGAGCUGUGCCCCCGUGUGCCCCUUAUGGCCUGGAACACCUGUGCCUUCACUAUUCAGGCAAUAGAAAACAUAUUGCAAGAAGAAGAUAAGCCACUGUUUGGGUCAUUACAAAACAGACAGCUUGCAGGUCUGAAGGCAAUCGUUCAGUUUUCAGCAUCACAGAGACUAAAGAGCUCUCAGGCAGUCAUCCAGAGGCACUUUGCAGACAUGUUGGGGGUCUUACUACCCGCAAUGAGCAGAAAGAACACACCUUGUCUUCUGGAAGUGGACUUCUUCCAUCUCCUGGUUGGAUUGGUGUUGUCCAUACCCUCAUUGUAUCAGGAGGAAACGGUCGACCUACAACCGUCUGCUGUCAGCUCCGCCUACAACCACCUGCACAUCUUACAUCUGGUCACCAUGGCUCACAUGCUGCAGAUCCUCUUGUCUUCUACAGAUUUCCCAGCAGUGGGUGGAGGAGAGGAGACGGAGGAAGCAAGAACAGCUGCAGAGUUGUACACUACAGUGUCACAAUACUGUGGAAGGCUGAAUUCAGACGUGUCCGGCGGCUCCGUAGCAGAAAGAGUGAAGACGGGAAUCGAACCGUUCCUGCGCUGUGCGGCUCUCUUUUUCAAUUGCCUUUCGGGAGUGCAGCCUCCAGAGGGGCUUUUUAGCACUUCUGUUAACUCUCAAGGACAGACUGAGGCACUAUGCAGUUACUUGGCACUGCCCUCCAAUAUGUUCCAGCUCUUCCAGGAGCACAGAGACACUGUUACUCCACUGCUUCAGAAGUGGUGUGGGAGCCCAGCUAUUACCAAAGCACUGAAAGGCAAAACCCAGAUAGUCAGAUACCCCAGGAGAAGGAAUCGCUUGAUUGAUCUUCCUGAGGAUUACAGCGCCCUCCUCAACCAAGCCUGCCAUUUCCAGUGUCCAAAAUCAACGGAUGAUGAAAGGAUGCAUCCGACGCUGUGUCUGUUUUGCGGGGCGAUGCUUUGCUCUCAGAGCUCCUGCUGUCUCAGCCAGCUGGACGGGGAAGAUGUGGGAGCUUGUACUGCGCAUGCUGCUACCUGUGGGGCUGGAGUGGGCAUGUUCCUCAGGAUAAGAGAGUGUGAAAUUGUACUGAUGGCCAGUAAGACUAGAGGAAGCACGUACCCGGCUCCUUAUUUGGACGAUUAUGGGGAGACUGAUCCUCAUCUUGGAAGGGGCAAUCCGUUGCACCUUUGCCCAGAGCGCUACAGGAAGCUGAACCAGCUGUGGCAGCAGCACUGCAUCCUGGAAGAAAUCGCCCGCAGCCUGGAGGUGGUCAACGUUAUGUUUGCCUUUGAGUGGCAGAUGUUGUGAUGAUCGCUCCAGCUGUGGUGACGGGGAGUAGAAGAGCACAGCCAUAGAGUACAGUCGCAUCCAGUGCUCCUAAGGAAUACACCUACACGCAUAAACACACACACACAAACACAGUUCAAACCCUUCUAUAAUCAAAUCAAACCCUUCUAUAAUCAAAGGAGGCCCAAUCCCUCCCAGGUGAAUCCUCUGUUAGAGUCCAGAGUGGUGGGACGGUCAUAGAGGAAGAAGAGGAAAAAAUAAUGGCCGGUGAUGGAUGACGAUUAAACCCAAGUCGCCUUGUUUCAGUUUGAUUGUCUGCGAUGAGAAUGAGUUUCUGCUAGAGUAAUGUUAUUUGAGAGGCUCAUUCAAAUAAAGGCAAACAUUAGACACACAGCAUCAUGUUUCUGUUAUGGGUUUAUGUAUUUAAUUUCUCUCAGUAAUGCCGUGAAUGUCCUGCGUUCUCUUUUUGUGUUACACGUUAUGAUUAUAAGUUAUAAUUGUUCAGCUAUGCUGUUUUGGAAGGUACAUUCAUGUGAAAAUGUUUAGGCAUGGUCAAAUAUAUUUCAUCCAUCGCCCCUUUAUCCAAAUAAUGGAACAAUAACCUGCUGUCACCUGCUUAUAUAUACACACACACAUGUAUGGGGUAAAAAUGCAAAAAACAUUAUUUUCAAAAUUGCAUCCAGUAUUCUAAUAAGUAUACAAACCAUGUCUCCCUGUGUUCCUGAUGUAGAGUCACUUGAUGAUAAGCAGCCUUUUUGGUGCCACUUUUCUGAAAAUCACUCACAAGUCCUCAUCAAUCUUAUCCAACGAACAACAGAAACAUUUCCAGCGCAUUAUGAAAAUGUAAGAUCCCUUUUAGAAAAACUGUUAUUAAACCAAAAUCUAUCAUCAGAUGUUCACUAUAUGAUUGUAAUGAUUAAAACUUGCUGAAGGGACCAUGGUGAGGCAGGUUGUCGCAUUUUAUCCCGUGUUAACUCACUUAAUAUAAAGUGAAUUAUUUAAACAAAAAUGUAGCAAUAUUCUGUUUAUGAAAGAAAUGCACAUUUUAUUGAAAAAAAGGGGGGUUUUAUCUUUCCAGUCAUUUAGUGUCAGCCGUUUUAGGGGGAAAAAAAGAAAAUGUGUGAAUAUGUAAUUUCUUCCUUUGCAGAAACAGAUUUUUGUGUUGUUUGAUUACAUUGACUUACAGGAUGUGGAAAUAAAGAUACAAGCCAGUCUA